UCUCUGCUUUUCUUUCCCUUUCCGUUUUUUAUGCAAUACUUUCUUCUUUCGUUUUCUUAUUUUUUUUUUAUCGAAACUUUCUGCUUUCGUUCUCUCUGCUUCUGUUUUUCCUUUCAAAAUCCGUAAUCUCGGAUAUCUCUCGAGUUGGGAAAGAAACUCGGCCGAGUUGAAAACGGACGACUCAUAAAGUAGCAGAGAGGGAAACGGCUUUCUUUGGUGCGUCGUUCCUGAAUCGGAUUUGAACCGAAUGCUGCGAGCGUUUUCCUACUGUCAUCUAAAACAAGUUUCUGCUCAUGGGUUCUGCCGAUCAAAGCUUCAACCUUUCGAAUCUGCAGAUACAUACAUAUAGCUUCUGAAGCAUAUAUAUACACACAUACAUAUAUAUAUUUAUCUGUUUUUUCCAUGGGUGAAGCUAAUGAAGGGAGAAGGAGAGCUAUGGAAAAUCUGUCUCUGGAAAUGGAGAAGUACCCGAGAGAUCUGCUGCAGAGGUUAAUGUGCAGAAGUAACGACGCGACGACGCCGUUACAAUAUACGGACGCUAACGAGGAAGAGGAGUCGGAUGAGCUGGAGUUGAAUCUCGGGCUUUCGUUAGGUGGCCGGUUCGGGGUCGACAAGAGCGCGAAGAACAAGCUAAUCCGAUCUACGUCGAUUGCCGGGACGAUGCCGUUUGUGAGGGACGACAACGACGCAACGGCGCCGACGUACACGGCGGGGCUGAUGAGGACGUCUUCGCUUCCGGCGGAGACGGAGGAGGAGUGGAGGAAGAGGAAGGAGUUACAGACGCUGAGGCGGUUGGAGGCGAAAAGGAGGAGGUCGGAGAAGCAGAGGAACUCAAAGAACGAGAAAGAAGGGGGUUCUGUGGAGGAGGAAAAGCGCGAACUUGAGGGUUCAAUUGGGCCCAGCUUGGGCGGUGUCAGGGGUAAUCGGACGGCGGGCCCGCCUUUCGGGUUGCCUAGCUGGGUUGCGGCAGCAGUUGCUAGGCAAGCUGCUAGUGGUGGCGGAGUGGGUGCAAAUGCAUUUGUGAAAUUAAAAGGUGAGAGUUUGAGUGGUUUGCAAGGAUUUGGAAGGCGACCCAAUUCGCAGGGCUCGUCGGAGUCCCAAGGCGGAAGCUCGUCGGGGAUGUCGGAAUUGGAGAGUAAACCUCUUCAAGGAACCAGCAGUUGCGGUGAAGGAAGAAGCCCUGUACCUUCUAGCAACCAGUUGCUGCAAGAACAGAGUAAUCAGGACAACGCCAUGGCCACUUCAGGCACAAGAACAGCAGAUGAUGCAUCCAAAACUCCCAAAGCCGACAUAGAAAACCCAUCUAAGAAGCCUAGUUCGCAAGAAAACAGCGAAGGGGAAACGAGGAGGAACACCAUGGAGGACAUGCCGUGUGUUUUCACAAUAGGAGAUGGCCCAAAUGGUAGAAAAGUUGAGGGAAUUCUGUACAGAUAUGGGAAGGGACAGGAAGUGAGAAUAAUGUGUGUAUGCCAUGGAAGCUUUCUGUCUCCGGCAGAGUUCGUGAAGCAUGCAGGAGGGAGUGAUGUCACUCACCCGCUUAGGCAUAUUGUUGUAAACCCAGCUGCCAUUUCCUUUUUGUAAACAAAAAGGAGAGAAAUUUAAAUUUGAUAGCUUUUUUUUGGUUUAUUGAUUUAUUUUUAUUUUUGGUGCGUUCUAGAAAUGGAGUUUAUAUAAAAAUAAUAUCUAUUAUCUA